AUGCGCCAGAAAGCCUCCUCGCAACAACCUGCUGCCAUGAUGAGAAUCGCUAUCGCAGGAGGUGGCUCCUUUGCGUACAUCCUCGCCCAGGAGAUUGCCAAGAGCGCUCAUCCCGUUCUUGUUCUCACUCGUCAGCCCCACCCCGAAUUCGAAGAAAACCUUCCCUCCUGCCAACUCGUCCAAGUAGACUACCAAAACGUCGAAGAACUGCACUAUGUCCUCCGCGGCGUCGACCUCCUCAUUUCCACCAUCUCCAACAACGAGCAGCUCAACCUCAUCGACGCUGCCCGCCGCGCCCGUGUCCGCUGCUUCGUCCCCUCCGAGUUCGAGGGCCCUCUAUCCCACCGGCCACCGGCCAACUCUACGGACCCGCUCGACAACCGCGGCUCACGCGCUGCUUUGGACCUUUUGGAGUCUUGGUCCCAAUCCCGCUCACACAGGAUGAACUACACUGUCUUCUCCUGCGGUGUGUUCAUGGAGCGGUUUUCUCGCGGUGGACUGCAGCCUUGGGGAAUCGGGACGCAACUGGGGUUGAUGGGCCCGAUGCAACCGAUGAGUGAUUACCUGGUAAAUGUUGAGCAGGGCACGGCGGAGGUGGUGGAACGGGAUCCCCAAGGGAGGACGGCAUACGUGGCUAUGACGAGCAUGUAUGAUGUUGCGAGGUUCGUGGCAGCGGCGGUGGAGUUGACGGGGACCGGAACUAGUGCAAUGGGUGUGCCGCCGUUGGAGAGGUGGCCUAGGGAGUGGAGGGUUAGAGGGGAUUACAUGGCGGUGGGGGAGGUGGUGGGGGAGGUGGUGGGCGCUUGUGAAUUGGUUCGAGGAGAAGCCCAAUUCAGCAUCACUCGAGGAACCUACGAAGAAGCUGAGGCCUGGGCAAACGAGUACCAGCGUGCUGGCGACGUGGCGACAUAUCUCUACUACCAGAGGCUGUUGCAGACUGCUAAUGGACGGUAUAACAUUCGCUCGACGAACCUGAACGAACUGGUUAAUCAGGGCGAGAGAACGGCAUUCCAGCCGAUGAGGUUUAGGGAGUGGUUGGAGCAGGUCUGGGGAGGUGUGAUGUAG